GACGUGUCUCUUACUUUGGCCUCCAUCAUCAUUAAGAAAUGGCGGGUCGCGUUCUGUUGACUGUUCUCGUCGGGUUCGCAGCCGUCCUGAGCGGCUUAUACCGUCUCAGCAUUAAACCCAAGCUUGAAUUCUUCGGGGAGGGACGUGUUGUCCAGCCUGUUGGGAAUACGAAAUGCAAGAGUUAUCCAGAGGCACAGGCAUGCGAGAAAAUCGUCGUACACCACCCAACAGGUCAUGUCUACAUGGCCUGUUCAACCUUCCAAAGCCGUCCUCACUGGCUCCCCGGAACAAACCGCCUCAACGCAACCGGCAAGUCCUCAUCAGACUACGUAGCAGUCUUCGACCCCUCCACCUCCAAAAUCACCCGUCUCCGCGCUGAGAUGUAUAAAUACCCUCGUGGACUCAGCUUACACGGCAUGGACGUCGUCUCCUCUAAGCAACACCCUUCUGAGUUGUUUAUCUAUUUGGUGAAUCAUCGAGAACCAUUCGCACCUGCUGACGCGAACGAAGUCGGUGCGGACUCGGUUAUCGAGGUGUUUAGUACGACUCCUGGAUCGGAUGAAAUGCGGUUCGUUGCUACGUGGAAGGAUCCUGUUAUUGCUACGCCGAAUGAUAUCGUUGCUACCGGGGAUGAUAUGAGUUUCUAUUUUACGAAUGAUCAUGGGUCCAUUAAAACUGGUUUGGCAAGAAGACUCAAUAUCGACGCCUUCCUCGGCCUAGGCUGGUCAAACGUAGCCUAUUGCCACGCAACAGACGGCUGCAAAGUCGCUGCUGACAACCUCAUCGGUGCGAACGGAAUCACACGAGGCAAGGACGGCACGUACUACGUCGCGAGCUCUAAAUCAGGACGCAUAUACGUACUUGAGCAACAAGCGGAUAAUAAACUCGUAUUGACGGAUGAGAUUCCUGUCGACCGCCCAGUCGACAACCUCUCCGUCGACCAAACCGGAGCCGUCUGGGGCGCAGGCCUAGUAAACACUCUCCACCUCGUCAACGUCCAUUUCGAAAACCCCUCAAUCAAGUCACCCUCCUCUGCACUCCGCAUUACGCUCAACGAAGGGGAUAGCAGUUACUUUGGUGAGAAAUACAAAGUCGAAAAGGUUUUCGAAGAUGAUGGUGAGAUUGCGUCUGGUUCUACAUCAGUCGCUUACGACGCGAAGCGUAAGAAGUUGUACUUGCAUGGACUCGCCGCACCGCAUUUAACAGUUUGCGACAUCUGAAUCAAAAAUCCGGCAUUCUUGGAAGACACAGAUAGAUUUAUUGCAUUCGCAUACAAUUCAUGUACAUUAUGUUAUUACUAUCCAACAAAAAGGCAACAAUCAGAAUUCGCUCCAAUCUUGCGUUGAUCCC